CAGGUGAUGAACAAUCAGUACGUCCGCCGGGAGGUCUUCUGCCGGAACACCUGUCACGAGCUCAAACGCUUCUGGGAAAGAGAAAUUGGCAAACAGACUUAUUACCGAGAAUCAGAAGAGCAUCGCCUGGGAAGAAGUGCACUGGGAAAGCUCAGAGAAGAAUGGAAGCAGAAACUGGAAACAAAGCUGAGACUACAGAAGAAUUCAGAUGAGACAGAAAAGCGGGCCAAUGUUGGCCAAGAGCUUCACUGA